AUGUCGACUGGUCCAACAGUGAAUCGUCCAUUGACGAAAACCUUUUGUGCAAAAUGUCAACAAGCAUUUACACCGAAAGAUGCUAUGCAAACGUAUCAAGACAAAUUUUAUCAUCCACAUUGUUUUUGUUGUUCAAGUUGUGGAAAUACAUUAGCCGGAAAACCAUUUUAUCCUAAACCAAAUAAUCAAUUUCAAUGCGAAACUUGUAAUUUUGUACUUGCACCAAUUUGUUGUAUGUGUAAGCAAAAGAUUCAGUCAGGUACUACAGCAAAACGAUAUCAGGAUCGUCAUUAUCAUAGUGAUUGUUUUCGUUGUUGCAAAUGUACUGCCGUUAUACCCGAUGGUCACAAUUUUGUUGAUAUGUUGGAUGGACGUUUUCAAUGUUUAACAUGUUCACAUCAUAUAACUGGAACAUAUCAAGGCAAAGAACAUGCUCCAUAUCUCGAGAAUAUGCUUGGUGAAAUAACUACUGUUGCAAGUGAUCAAGCAGGUCGUAUACCAAUAUGUGACAAAUGCACACGACCAGUAACAAGUGAUGAAGAAGCAUUUAAACAUGAUACACGUUAUUAUCAUCUUGAAUGUGCUCGUUGUAAUCGUUGUCGUAAGAAACUUUUUAAAAUUCCAUGCAGAAAACUUGGUUCUGCUCUAGUUUGUCAUACAUGCUCAUAA